GAAAAAAAAAUUGUACAGAUUUAAAAAAAAAAGACCGUACCGUACAAUAACCAAAAUUGGAUUCUCUCUCUAAGAGUGCCCUCUUUAUUUAACAGACGCACUCCACAGCUAACGUUGCUUUCGUCCUACUCCAAAUGGCUAUGGAGUAAAGCUUUUCUUCUCUCUCACUAGACAGAGAAAGAGAGUCUCUUUCAAACAACAAUACCUUCUUCGGGAAGUUCUCUGAGAGAGGGAUAUCAGACUCUUUGACCGCCAUUGAUGCACCUUCUUCGCGUUAAUUUCUCUACCUGUUUUCGCCGCGAUAUGCUCGCUUACUGACAAAAGUCAAAUUCUCUUCUACUCAAGUCUCUCUCUCUCUCUCUCUCUAUCUAUCUAUAUUUGGAGGUUCGCCUGAGAAAUCAGAUUCCAAACUCACAAACAUUGAAUCACACGGCGACGGGAUUUUUCUUGAAUUUGGUUUCGGAUAUUGGUUUGAGUUGUAAGAGUUUUCCCGUGAGCUCCGUUUAUGGAUCUGACUGGAGGAGUUGGAGCUAGAUCCGGCGGCGGUGGGCCGUGCCGGGAAGCAACAGGGCUUGAAUCGCUUCAUCUCGGCGACGAAUUUCGGCAACUAGUGACGCUUCCUCCUGAGAACGCCGGUGGGUUCACGGCGUUGCUCGAGCUUCCGCCUACCCAAGCCGUGGAGCUUCUUCAUUUCACUGAUUCAUCGUCUUCUCAGGCGGCCGUCACCGGAAUCGGUGUUGAUAUCGCUCCACCGCUUCACUCUUUCGGGACAUUGGCUUUCCCUUCUAACUCGGUUCUCAUGGAGCGAGCAGCUCGUUUUUCGGUGAUUGCCACUGAGCAACAAAACGGAAAUGUCUCCGGCGAGACUACGACGAGCUCAGUGCCUUCCAAUUCCAGCGCAAAUCUGGACAGAGUCAAGACUGAGCCUGCUGAGACCGAUUCAUCUCAGCGGUUGGUUUCUGAUCAAGCGGUGGAGAAUCAAAGCCCGUGCCCUAGCCAGAACAAUCGAUCUGGCAAGAGGAAAGAAUUCGAGAAGAAGGUUAAAAGCUCGACGAAGAAGAACAAAAGCUCUGAAGAGACCGAGAAGCUACCUUAUGUUCACGUUAGAGCUCGCCGUGGUCAAGCAACCGAUAGCCAUAGCUUAGCAGAACGAGCAAGAAGGGAGAAGAUUAACGCACGAAUGAAGCUGCUACAGGAGCUGGUCCCUGGCUGUGAUAAGAUUCAAGGUACCGCGUUGGUGCUGGAUGAAAUCAUUAACCAUGUCCAGUCUUUACAACGUCAAGUGGAGAUGCUAUCAAUGAGACUUGCUGCGGUAAACCCCAGAAUCGACUUCAAUCUCGACACAAUAUUGGCUUCAGAAAACGGUUCUUUAAUGGAUGGGAGCUUCAACGGGACAGCAAUGCAGCUUGCUUGGCCUCAUCAAGCCAUUGAGGCUGAACACUCCUAUCAUCACCGGCAACUGCAACCACCACCACCGCAACAAUGGCCUUUCGAUGGCUUGAACCAGCCGGCUUGGGGAAGAGAAGAGGAUCAAGAUCAUGGCAAUGACCACAACAAUUUGAUGGCGGUUUCUGAAAAUUUAAUGGUGGGUCCUGCUCAUUUGCACCCAAAUCAGGUCAAAAUGGAGCUGUAAGUUGGGAAAAACAGUAGAUCAUGAAUCUGUAUAUAUAUCGUAUAAGCUUGUCUCUCUAUUUAGAUAUAAUAAUUAUAAAUAUAUAUAAGAAUUAGAUAUCUGUUAAGAAGGUAUCAGUCAUUUGGUUCAGAGUGACAAAACUGGUACAUGAUUAUUUAUUAUUUUUACCAGAUUCUUACAAUGUAGAAUAUA